CAUAAUUAAGGUUUUAUCAGUUCUGUGUCUGUGAAUAAGCCGCUCAUUACCUGACCAAGAUUAAGUCUGCAAAAUGAAAUACCAAAGAAGCCUCUUCAUGCUCCUACUGCUGGUUUGUAAUACUGUUGUUGCAUCAGAUUCUGUAAGAUUGUCCAAUGUUACUGAUCAAGUGAGGAGUCUGCUGAAUGAGCAGUUCAGUGGAACAGCGUAUAAUGACGUACAACAGCUGCUUCUGAACCUGACUGAGUUGGGUCUGGGUGAAGCAAUCAAUGGCUCAGUACUGGUGGACUCACUGGAAAAGAGUGUCAGAGCUAAACUGUCAUUUGUGGAGACACUACUGAAGGAAUCUUUGGCGGUUGCUGAGCAAUCUUAUUUCGCACGUUUUGAGAGUCCCUGUUGCUCAUGCGUGUACAACAGUUCGAAAACUCAGUGCAAGUCAGAAUGUAACAGCACCUUCUAUCAGCCUUUACUUAAUAGUAGUACUGAAAGUAACAUUUCGUCUGUGGGUGAUCUGAAUACACAAUACAGUGAGCUUUUCCAGCGCAAUGUUAGUUUUGAAGAGUCUGCAGUUCAUGUGCCUGGUGACAUCUAUUACAGAGACCCCAGGUUGAUUUGUUUUGUAGACUGGACAGCUAACCUCACCCAGCACUUCAGAAGACAGUCGGACAGUAUAAAUGCAGAGAGUGGGGUAACCUAUCAGUACUUUGGUGGGACACUGGGAGCUUUGCGUUUCUUUCCAGGUACUGUGUGGUCGAACCUCAACAACUGUAGUCGCUGUCCGUUGCCUCCUGUUGACACGUACCGUGCCACUGAGAGACCAUGGUAUAGCAGAACAGUUCCGGGCAGCAAAUUUGUGGCAAUCGUUCUUGACAUGAGUGGUAGCAUGUCUGGAUUCAGGCUACUGCUGGCAAAGCUGGCCAGUAUAGCACUCCUGGACACACUCACUCCUAAAGAUUACUUUUAUGUGGUUGGCAACCAGUCUGGAGAGGGUGUGGUCACUGGCCCUCUGUGUUGCUCCAGUGGAGUCACUAGAGCCACUCCAGAGAAUGUGCUAGCAAUGGGUGAGGUUAUAAUGGGGUACAGCAACACAAACCUGACUGGAAAGGUGGACUUUAGUGGAGCUCUGGAGCUCGUUUUUAAGCAGUUUAACGACACAAAUACCUGUCACCACAUCGUUGUCAUAUUUACUGAUCAAUUCUCCGAUAAGAACCAGCUUAAGAAUGUACUUGAGUCACUCAUCAGUGACAAUAAGGCUCGAGUGUACACGUACAUUGUUGGUCAGUCCACUGAUGAUGCUGUUCUCAGAGAGAUUGCUAGUCUGUAUGGAGGUGAUUAUUACCGGUUACAGUACUACAUUGACAUUCACCAGGGCAUCACUAAUUUUACCGAUGCACUUCGCUCCCUCACUUCAUACUCAACCAACGGAAAUUCUCCACUGAUAUUCUGGAACCAGUACAAAGACGUUUUUGGUGACUAUGUGCUAACUGGUAGUGUAUCUCUUUUUGUUGACAACCAAGAUGGUUGCCCGGAGUUUCUUGGAGUGAUGGGAGUUGAUAUCAACUUAAGUUGGCUUGAGAAUAAUUUUAGAAGGAAUUACCAUUUGACUUCGAGCUACUAUACAUUCAUGAUGGAUCUUACGGGAGAGCUUCUCUUUCAUCCUCAAAUAAAGAAAGACUUUAUUAGCAUGUCUUCAGCUGAUGAUGUUCUAAAACUGGACAUGCGUCAGUAUGAGCAUGCCAUCAAUGACUCUGAGCUAGAAAUAGUUCGUCAAUCGAUGCUGAAUGGAAAAACUGGAGAAUACACUGUCAUGGUUUGGCUGCCACUCAAAAGAGAAAGAAGAUAUGUCCAGAAAAACGUGACUUACUACUACAAACAAGUUGAAGGAGAACAGUUCAGUGUAGCAGUGGCUAUUGUUGACAGUUAUUUUAACAACAUUUACUUAGUGAAUGCAACGGAGAUCCAGCUGACCGUUGAGAGUAUGCUGAGUGCAAGAGGCAUAUCAUUGGAACAAAACACUUUUCUGCAGUUUCAUGGUGGUGUUGUAGUUGAAAAAGAUCUGGUUGAUACAGAUACUAGUGGUGUUCAGAUAUUUCCACACAACAACACCAAUGUCACCAAUGUUUUUGCAGAGUCCGAGAGAAGUGCACUUAUUCUAAGAUCACCCAUCGGAAACACAACUUCCACUGUACUAGGUAAACUGUAUACUAGGGAGUCAACCCUUCACCAAAACUUGUCAGCUCUUCUUGAGAAAACUACAAACGAAACAAUCAUUUUUUUGUUGGAUGGAAGUGGCUACAUUGUAGCAGCCAAUACGGAAGACUACACUCCAGGGACAAACUUGUUUGUCGUAUUUCCAAGUGUGCUACAGGAUCUUGUUUCUAAAGGAGUGUACGUUGAUUCAGGGACAGCAAUAACGGGCUAUGAGUUACAACCUUGUAUGAAAUUGGUGCCAUUUAUAAAUACUUGCGGAUUUACAGGAUGCAUUGACAAUGCUGGAUUCUCAGUGUACAAGGGGUUCCUGAUUUCGUUAUCCAACUGGGUCAUAUCUUUCAUCAGUGAUGGAGUAUGGAUGGCAGGAAGGUCGGCACUGCUAAGUGCUGUAGUUGCUGUUCAAGAUAUGGUAAAUAUGGUAACUGCUCUAAAGGACAACCGUACAGUGACUGGAAUGAUGACAUCAGUGGGGAAUUAUUCAAAAACAGACGACUGUCCUGUCGAUCUGUGUCUGAUUCAAUUUGUGGCACAUGAGCUGCAGAUAGAUUUCAGUGCCAUUGAGAAUGCAAAUGUUACUUGUAAGGAUAAUGAAGAACUUUUCUAUGAAGCUGUCCGUAUACCUGAUACAAACCUCCUACUGCUCUCUGUCAAUGGAAACUGUUCUGAUUGGUCUAAUCAAGAUCAAAAGUAUAGAAUCACCUGUCCUUGUGAUGCGACUGCUGAUGAUAACAUACCCAACUUCAGCACCCAGCAGUGCUUUACCACAACAUAUAUGAACGAUUGCUCUAACAGUUCACCCCACACUUUUUCAUCUCAUUUUAGCUUCAUUGGUAUAGGUUUAACAAUUGUUGCGUUUAUUCUCUUGUAAGUGAACACAUUUCAUCUCAUCAAUGUCCCCAAAUUAAUUAUUCUGAAUAAUAAUAUAUUAUUAUUGAGCA